CGUAUCAGUAGUUAGCAAUAUACAAGCCCAAUUACUACAAAUUCAAAAAUAACCCUAAGCCCAAAAUCCUACAUAUAUACACUGGGGUUUUUUUUUCGAUUUAGCAGUUUUCUCCUCGCCCGCCACCCCCAAUCCCUCGAGAAACGAAGGCGAAAUGGCGAGAAUUAAGGUGCAUGAGUUGAGGGAGAAGAACAAGGUGGAUCUGCUGGCGCAGCUAAAGGAUUUGAAGGCGGAGCUGGCCCUGCUACGGGUGGCGAAGGUGACUGGCGGUGCCCCUAACAAGCUCUCGAAGAUCAAGGUUGUGAGGCUGUCGAUUGCACAGGUACUCACCGUCAUUUCGCAGAAGCAGAAAUCCGCUCUCAGGGAAGCCUACAAGAACAAGAAGUAUCUGCCUCUCGAUCUCCGCCCUAAGAAGACUCGCGCCAUCCGCCGCCGUUUAACCAAACACCAGGCAUCGUUGAAGACAGAAAAACAGAAAAAGAAAGAGAUGUACUUCCCCCUGAGAAAGUAUGCCAUUAAAGUUUAAACUAACUAGUUUAUGGAAGAUCAUUUUUGUUACUUGUUGGAGUCUUUUUGAUCUGUUAGAAUAUGCGAUUCAGUUAUAUGCAGUUGCUAUUUCUAGACA